AUGAAUGAACUGCAGAUUUUGCAAGAGUUUAUCUCCCCAACAAGAUACUACGUUACCGAGUUAUCAGAAGGAACGUCGUUCUACGCCUUCAACGACAGCGUACUUACUCCUCUAGACUAUGACGAAAAUGAGUUUGUCAGUGAGAAUGGUUGGUUGGCUUUCAUGGAGCCAUGGAAAAUUAAUAUAUGGGCCAUACUUGCAUCUAUUUUGGUAGUCUGCACUGCGGGAGGAAAUAUCCUUGUCUGCUUGGCGAUAUAUCUUGAAAGGAGACUUCAAAAUGUCACGAACUACUUUUUGAUGUCAUUGGCUAUAACUGACUGCAUGGUGGCGAUACUUGUGAUGCCUUUAGGAAUAUUGUCGCUAGUAAAAGGCCACUUUCCACUUCCGGCCGUGUACUGCCUGCUCUGGAUAUGUUUAGACGUACUGUUAUGCACAGCGUCCAUCAUGCAUCUCUGCACAAUCAGCAUCGACAGAUAUCUUUCGCUUCGCUACCCUAUGAAAUUCGGGCGGAAUAAAACUAGGAAACGGGUGACAGUAAAGAUUGCCUUCGUUUGGAUUUCGUCAACGGCCAUGAGUCUACCGCUGAGCCUUAUGUAUUCGCAGGAUGUAGAAUCUCUAUUAGUUGAUGGCGUAUGUCAGAUUCCUGACCCACUGUACAAGUCAAUUGGAUCUAUCGUCUCAUUCUACAUACCGCUGGUUGUGAUGAUGGUGACAUAUGCACUGACGGUGCAACUGCUAGCGCGGCAGCGCAAGGGGCUCGGAGCGGGUUGGGCAACAAACUGGCUUGGGGCUCCUCCAAUAGAACGGCGCUGUACGUGGCGUCGGUUCCUCGGAAACAGAAGCACUCCGCAGCACUCCGCCGCCUCCACCGACACAGAGUUGCCGCCGAUCGAUACCAGGGACCUCUGGCUACAGGAUUCAAGCGAGCCCGCCCCAUCAGCAAUGACCGCACUGCAUCAGUUUGGGGCUGAGAUGUUGCGCCUGUCCCGCGGCUUGGAAGCUUCCGCUGCGUCUAAACCACAAUAUAGCGGACUUCAGCCAUCAGAACGUGCCGGUAUAGCCACGCCUGGGUCCAUUAGUGUUUCAUCUAGCUCACCUUCAUCGAUGCAUCGGGAUAGACGCCGACUGUCGGCUGCUAUCGAUGCAUGUACAAUACCACGUCGACCAAGAAGCGCUUCUGAUGACGAAGGUAAUGAAGGACUGCUUGUACCCAAUAUCUUAACUACUAAAUCUCGUAGUUCCGAAGAUGGUCUGCUUCUGCCGCCUCCUUGCACGUGUCCUUAUUUUGGCAAUGAUUCGACUCCUCCGAGGCGUAAUACAGAUGUAAUCAUUGUACCUGGAGGCGAUGUUAAUGACUGUAACGGGUUUUCUCGCCAUAAGAAUGAUGAGCCUUCCAUCUCCUAUUCGAGACGUUCAAGUCGAGGAGCAUCAUCUAUGGUUACAUGGGAAGAGGAAAGGAGGUGUGGAAGACGGAGUUCAAGUUUCGGCGUAGCUAGAACAACAGUGGCAACUCCUGUCCGAAAUAUACGGACCAGAAGAUCAUUAACAUCCCGAGCACAACCGGCUAACCCAAGUCCAUAUCGCCACGCGAACCCAAGGACGCAUCACUCACGGAACUCAAGCGUGAUAUCUCGCAAUUCUUCACGUCACGGGCGGAUAUUACGUCUCGAACAGAAGGCUACUAAAGUCCUUGGGGUGGUAUUUUUCACGUUCGUUAUACUGUGGGCGCCUUUUUUUGUUCUAAAUAUGCUACCAGCUAUUUGUCCGCGUUGGGAGAAAAACGUGCCUCAUUGGGUUUUUGAUUUCGUUAUGUGGUUGGGUUACUCAAGUUCUAUGGUAAAUCCAAUUUUCUAUACAAUAUUUAAUAAAGUAUUUAGACAAGCUUUUAAGAAGGUGCUUCUAUGUGAGUAUUGUCAGGGAUCAAGAUAG